GUUCGAACAUUCGUCGCGGAGCGUUAACUGUUUAGUUUGCAAAUUAUAAUGUUCAAAAUUAUAGUUUUAUUGUUAACAACAUGUUUGUGUGCUAUUGGAAUUUACUCCGAGACGGCGAACGACGGGUUCAGGAUAUCUCCAGACACCUACGUGGAUGACGGGAAACAGUACAUGGAGUUUACAUGCACGGCGUAUUUAAACGAAGGAGACCAGCUGGUGUGGCAAAGAGGAUCCCAAUCGAUGGUAUUUUAUGAGAAAAAAUACGGCAGUGGAUUUAAGACAAUCAAGCUGACGUGGCCUCUACAGCAAUCCGACAAUGAUACUGAAAUAUACUGCGCGAGGAACAUUAAAGAAAAAAAUGGCAAAUUUAAAUGGGUGCAAAGCAAGAAGAUUCCAAUUGUUUUCAAAACAGUUAAGAAGACUUUGACCGACACAUGGGGCCCGUGGGUGUGGCCCGUGGAACACGUAAUGAACAACACAACUCUUAUACAGCUCUCCUGUUGGGCAUAUCUGUACAAGAAUCAGUUCGUUUUCCUGGUACCAGACGUCAGAUCGAGAGUUGUUCAUUGGCCUAACGAUAGCGCAAGCCGACGGAAGCCCGAGGCGCGCGAUGUCCUUAGACCAAUCAACGAGUCUUUAGCUAUAAAGAAAUUCACGGACGGUUUGAGGAACCGCCGUCUUAGUACCAUUUUAGCAGCCCGAGAAUACACAGAAUUAAAAGAAGCUGUCAGAGCUGCCCAAGACGAGGAGCUGGCGCGACCCAGCCCGAGCCAGUAG